AUGAAUAAGAUGGCAGUUCUACCAGACUGGCAAGCUCUGUACCCUCAGACACGGAAGUCCAACUACCCAAGGCCACACUCUUCACCGUGUAAAGUUCCCUUGAAAAAUAGCUUUCAGAACAUGUUCAGACCUUCUUCCUCUACUUCAACCACAGCCAUUGCAAAUCCAAUCCUGUCCUCCUCGGAUAUUAAGCGGAUUCUAUUUCAGAAAAUUUCUGAUAAAAGGGAUGAAUUGAAAAAAGCCUUCCAGCUGCUCGACACGGGUCAGAACCAGACCGUGAGCAAGAAUGAAUUGAGAAGAGCCAUCACCACUUUCCUGUUGCCACUCACCAGAGAACAGUUCCAAGAUGUGCUGGCUCAGCUCCCUCUGACCAGCUCUGGAUCUGUGCCGUACAUGGAAUUCCUGUCCAAGUUUGGCGGGAUUGACCUGAACAUCAAUGUUAUAAAGAGGGGAAAUGGAAGUGAAAUGGAUAGCUGUCGGACACUGAAGGAACUUGAAAGCCAAAUCGGGGAAAAGGUUCACAAGAACAAGAAAACGAUUAUCAAAGCCUUCCAGCUCAUAGACAUCAACAACACAGGCCGGGUGCGCCCUCAGGAGCUGAGGCGAAUCCUGGAGACCUUCUGCCUGAAGAUGAAGGAAGAGGAGUACCAGAUGUUUUCCAAACACUACAGCCUUGAUCAAGAGACUGCAGUGGAUUACAGUGUAUUCUUGAAGAACCUCAACAUCAGCAAUGACCUGAAUGCUCGAUAUCUUAUAGGGAAUCAAGAGAUCCCAAGGGAGAGUCACUCAACCAGAAGUUCCAAGAGUGAACUAAUCAAUUCUGAGUUAUCUGAAGAUAUGUGGAAAAAUUGCUCCUUGAGUGACAUUCAAAAUAUCCUUAGCCAAGAGCUUUUGAAGUCCUACCAAAAGGUUGAAAAAGCCCUGAGCGCAGGGGACCCCUGCAGAGGUGGCUACGUCUCCCUGAACUACCUGAAGGUCGUGCUCGACACCUUUGUCUACCCCUUACCUAGGAAGAUUUUUAUCCAGUUAAUGAGAAGGCUUGGAUUUAGAACUACUGCUAAGAUCAAUUGGAAGCAAUUUUUAACAUCAUUUUAUGAGCAGCAGAGGUUGGAAACCAGUAAUGCACCUCCCUCACAAAGAAGAAAUGGUGUCAGCCCUCAAAGCCGAUUUCGCAAGGAAAAUAUUAUCAGAAAGUUAUUUAAAUACUCAGAAGACCGUUCUAUAUCGUUGAAGAAAGCAUUACUGAAAAGCAACACUACACCUGAUGGACAGAUAAAGUGGGAAGACUUGCGCUACAUCCUUGACUGCAUGGUUGUAAAAUUAAGUGACACAGAAUUCAAAGAACUACGGCAGGUAUUUGACCCUGAUGACCUCGGAGUGGUCAACAUCAGCUCCUUUAUGGAUCUGCUAGAAGAUGUUCCCAGGACGAGAAAAAUAUCCCUGAACACAGACAGCAAGAUUCCUUUCCUCCUGGCCUGGGACUCAGUGGAAGAGAAGGUGCAGGAUGCAAUCUUUAGGAACCAACCAGCUUUUUAUGACAUGCUGCAGUCCUAUGACCUUGGCAACACAGGGAUCAUUGGUCGAAAUAAUUUCAAGAAAGUCAUGCGCACAUUCUGUCCAUUUUUAACAAAUGAACAAUUCAUAAGACUCUGCAAUAAGUUUCAUGACUUAACUUCAGGAAGAAUCUUUUACAAAAAACUUAUGGCGUACUUAGGAGUUAAUGGCCAUCCUGCUGUCUCCCCGUCUUCGAAGGAUAAGCCAGGUGGACAGACUCAGAAACAGGAACCAAAGAAUGCCGGUCUUCCCAGGAGCAUCCAGUCCCCAGAGAAUAAGACUAUGACCAAAGAAGAGGUCAUCGAAAAGCUCAAGAACUGCAUCCAGCAGCAGGAUCCGGUCUUCAGAAAGCACUUUCUUGACAUCAGCAAGGAUCUGGAUAGGAAGAUUGCCAAGCAGGACUUCCGGAAGGUCCUGGAAGACAGUGGGAUGCCCAUGGAAGACACUCAGUUUGCUGAGCUCAUCUCCAAGAUAGGCUACGGGAAGGAAGGGAUGAGCUACCUGGACUUCGCAGCGGGAUUUGAAGAUUCUAAAAUGAGCCAGCCAGUGGCAUCUCCAGCUCUCUCCCCACUUCCCUCCAAACCUUCCUCGAGCAGCCACUUAAUAACCGCAGAGGAGUGCCUGAGACUCUUCCCCAAGCGCCUGAAGGAGUUUUUUCCGGAUCCCUACGCUGCCUUCUUUAAGAUAGACACUGACAUGGACGGCAUAAUCAGCAUGCAUGAUUUUUACAGACUGCUUCUGCAGCUACUGCUCAACAUGAAAGACGAUGAGUUUGAGCGCUUCCUUGGCCUCCUUGGCUUGAGACUUAGUGUCACUUUAAAUUUCCGGGAAUUUCGAAACCUCUGUGAGAAGAGACCCCUCAGAACAGAUGAUGCACCCCAAAGACUCAUAAGAACCAAACAGAAAGUUGCAGAUUCAGAACUAGCCUGUGAACAGGCUCAUCAGUAUCUUGUUGCCAAAGCAAAAAACAGAUGGGUAGACUUGUCUAAGAACUUUAUUGAAACCGACACAGAGGGCAACGGCAUUCUUCGGCGGAGGGACAUCAAGAAUGCCCUGUAUGGUUUUGACAUCCCCCUCAUGCCACGGGAGUUCGAGAGGCUUUGGCAUAGCUAUGACAGGGAGGGAAGAGGCUACAUUACUUACCAAGAGUUUCUACAGAGGUUGGGCAUUAGCUUUUUGCCUGCGGUCCACCGGCCCAAUAAAGAAGACUAUUUCAACUUCAUGGGCCACUUCACAAAGCCUCAGCAGCUCCAGGAAGAAAUCCAAGAGCUGCAUCAGGUCAUGGAGAAGACCAUGCCUGCCAGGGCUAAGCUUAUGGACCAUUAUAAAGAGAUCAGCAAGGCUCUCAGCACACAGGACAAAGCCAAAGUGGGCUCUGUGUCCCUCUUCAGGCUGUACAAACUGCUGCAGGACUGCGGCUGCCCCCUGAAGGAAGAGGAGCUCACCCAGCUUAUCAGCAGCCUGGAGAUCGAAGUGCAUGAAAAUUCCAUCAACUACCUAGACUUCCUGAGAGCGCUGGAGAGCAGCGGGGCGACUGGGCCUCAGUCCAUCGAUUUCUCCACCCUGAGUCCAGAGGAGAUCGUGAAGAGCAUCCAGUGUCUGGUCAGCUGCUCCCAGCAGGCCUUGUUCCAGGUGUUUUCUGCUGUGGAUAAAGAAGACACGGGGUUUGUGAAGGCCACAGACUUCGGGAAAGUCCUUAAAGACUUUUGUUACAAACUUACAGAUAAUCAAUAUCAUUAUUUUUUGAGGAAAUUGAAGAUUCAUCUCACCCCCUUCAUACACUGGAAAUACUUCCUCCAGAACUUCAGCUCUUUCACAGAGGAGGCUGCUGACGAGUGGGCUGAGAAGAUGCCCAAAGACGCACCCCUCCAGUCUCCCCACGAAAUGGGCUCCAGAGACCUCCUGGCACGUCUCCACAAGGCAGUGACAGCUCAUUACCACACCUUCAUCCAGGAGUUCGAGAACUUUGACACUCUUAAGUCCAACACGAUCGCCAGAGAUGAGUUCAGGUCCAUCUGUGCUCGCCACAUGCAGAUCCUGACGGACGAGCAGUUUGACAGGCUCUGGGCAGAGAUGCCUGUGAACUCCCGAGGAAAGCUCAAGUACCAGGACCUCCUGAGCCGGCUCAGCAGCUUGAGACCAGCCUCGCCCGCCUCCUCCGCCUCCCCCGCCACAGAGGACUCCACCGCCACCCAGCGGGGGAGCAGCACCCCCGAAAUAUCAGAAGACACGAGAUGUGUCAGCUCCCCCAACCGAGACACGAAAACAGGGUCAAAGGGGAGGAGUCACCUCUGCACCCCCGCAUCGGGCAACCCGCCCCUGCAGAACUGUGAGUCCACUGAGACAAAGCUGCGGAAGCAGAUCCACGGCUGCUGGCGUGAGCUCCUGCGGGAGUGCAAGGAGAGAGACGUGGACAAGCAGGGAAGCAUCGCCGCACCCGACUUCCUUGCUCUCGUGGAGAAGUUCCACCUGAACAUCAGCAAGGAGGAGAGCCAGAAGCUCCUGGUGAAGUAUGACCUGAAGAACAAUGGGCAGUUCGCGUACUGUGACUUCAUCCAGAGCUGCGUGCUCCUGCUGAAGGCCAAGGAGACCUCGCUGAUGCGCCGGCUGAAGAUCCAGAACGCGAACAAGAUGAAAGAGCCGGGCGUCGACACUCCUUCCUUCUACAAUGCCCUGCUGCGCAUCCAGCCCAAGAUCCUGCAUUGCUGGCGGCCCAUGCGGCGCUCCUUCAAGGCCUACGACGAGGGCGGCACUGGGCUGCUGAGUGUGACCGACUUCAAGAAGGUGCUGCGGCAGUACAGCAUCAACCUGUCGGAGGAGGAGUUCUUCCACGUGCUCGAGUACUAUGACAAGACGCUGUCCUCCAAGAUCUCCUACAACGACUUCCUCCGGGCCUUCCUCCAGUAGGCGCCGGCUCUCCUGAACCCGAGCAGCCAGCC